CAGCUGUGUCGCUCAGCUGUCCACUUUCCUCUAGCCCUGUCAUUUCAGCUCUGACACCAAGGCGAGAGGCUAGGAGGUCUACAAAUACCGUCUGGGUAGCCGGUGUGAGUACAGAGGAUAGUGGGGGGGCUUAGCCCCCAAGGAAGAGGACCAGUCCUCCCCCAGCACCAUCAUCAAGACCCCAGGGGCUCCCUCUUCCCUCCACAGACUCUGGACUGACUUAGGCAAUCCCAAACGAUGACAGAAAAGGAGGUGCUGGAGUCCCCUAAGCCCCCCUUCCCAGCAGAGACUCGGCAAAGUGGGCUACAGCGGCUGAAGCGGUUAUUCAGGAAGGAGUCUACAGGAACAAAGGAGAUGGAGCUUCCCCCAGAGCCCCAGGCCAAUGGGGAGGCAGUGGGAGCUGGGGGUGGGCCCAUCUACUACAUCUAUGAGGAAGAGGAGGAAGAAGAAGAGGAGGAGGAGCCACCCCCAGAACCUCCUAAGCUUGUCAAUGAUAAGCCCCAUAAAUUCAAAGAUCAUUUCUUCAAGAAGCCCAAGUUCUGUGAUGUCUGUGCCCGGAUGAUUGUGCUCAACAACAAAUUUGGGCUACGCUGCAAGAACUGCAAAACGAACAUCCACGAACACUGUCAGUCCUAUGUGGAGAUGCAGAGAUGCUUCGGCAAGAUCCCCCCUGGUUUCCAUCGGGCCUAUAGCUCCCCACUCUACAGCGACCAACAGUACGCUUGUGUCAAAGAUCUAUCUGCUGCCAAUCGCAAUGACCCUGUAUUUGAAACCCUGCGCACUGGGGUGAUCAUGGCAAACAAGGAACGGAAGAAGGGACAGGCAGAUAAGAAAAAUCCUAUAGCAGCCAUGAUGGAAGAGGAGCCAGAGUCUGCCAGACCAGAGGGAGGCAAACCCCAGGAUGGAAACCCUGAAGGGGAUAAGAAGGCUGAAAAGAAGACACCUGAUGACAAACACAAGCAGCCCGGCUUCCAGCAGUCUCAUUACUUUGUGGCUCUCUAUCGGUUCAAAGCCCUGGAGAAGGACGAUCUGGAUUUCCCGCCUGGAGAGAAGAUCACAGUCAUUGAUGACUCCAAUGAGGAGUGGUGGCGGGGGAAAAUAGGGGAGAAGGUCGGAUUUUUCCCUCCAAAUUUCAUCAUUCGAGUCCGGUCUGGAGAGCGUGUGCACCGCGUAACGAGAUCCUUCGUGGGGAACCGCGAGAUAGGGCAGAUCACUCUCAAGAAGGACCAGAUCGUGGUGCAGAAAGGAGAUGAAGCCGGCGGCUACGUCAAGGUCUACACUGGCCGCAAGGUGGGGCUGUUCCCCACCGACUUCCUGGAGGAGAUCUAGGCGUGCGGGCGCCUGCUGGCGAGAUACCCAUGCCCCAUUCUGGGCAGGCCCAGUGGAGGGUGGGGAGGAAAGGGGCGGAAGCAGCUACGCGCACCGCUGGGUGGGGGAGGGAGGGAAGACCCGCCGAGAGCGUCGGGGCUUCUAGGGAGGGACUGGUGCCCGCCCCCUCCCCCGGCCGAGGGCGUCCGGUGCCCAGAGCAGCCUCACCCGUAACCCUUCCGGCCCAGGCUUUGAGAGCUGGAAAAAGAAGAACGCGUCUCCACCAGGAGGCGCCCCGGGAGGGUGGGAGGCGAACUGUCGAAUGUUGCCAAUUUAUUAAAGUUUUGACAAAAGUUAGAAAA